GAGGUGAGGGGAGCCCGGACACGGUGGCCGGGCCGGCGGAGGAACAUGAAGCUGAAAUGGCUACUGUGUGUGACCCUGCUAGCCCUUGGGAUCCUUGCUGUUCAGGCACAUGAUACAGAUGAAGACAAUGAUGUUGAUGAUGUAGUUGAUAUUGAGGAUGACUUGGAUGAUGGUAUUGACGAGGUGGAAGAGUCAAAGUCUGAAACAAGCAGUCCUCCUCCAGCUCCAAAGGUUACUUACAGGCCUCCUGUCCCAACUGGUGAAGUGUAUUUUGCAGAAUCUUUCGAUAAAGGAACUCUGGAUGGAUGGAUCCUUUCCAGAGCCAAGAAAGACGAUACAGAUGAUGAGAUUGCCAAAUAUGAUGGUAAAUGGGAAGUACAAGACAUGAAGGAAACAAAGCUUCCAGGAGACAAAGGGCUUGUAAUGGUAACUCGAGCCAAGCAUCAUGCAAUUUCAUCUAAACUUUCCAAGCCAUUUGUGUUUGAUACUAAACCCCUUAUUAUACAGUAUGAAGUAAACUUCCAAAAUGGAAUUGAGUGUGGUGGGGCCUAUGUGAAACUACUUUCAAAAACCCCUGAGUUGAACCUGGACCAGUUCCAUGACAAAACUCCAUAUACAAUAAUGUUUGGCCCAGACAAAUGUGGAGAGGACUAUAAAUUGCACUUCAUCUUCCGGCACAAAAACCCAAAGACUGGCAAAUACGAGGAGAAGCACGCAAAGCGUCCAGAUGCAGAUCUGAAGACUUACUUUACUGAUAAGAAGACUCAUCUUUAUACUCUAGUCUUGAAUCCUGACAAUAGUUUUGAGAUACUGGUUGAUCAAACGGUUGUCAACAGUGGGAAUUUGCUAAAUGAUAUGUCUCCUCCUGUGAAUCCACCCCGAGAGAUUGAGGACCCAAAUGACCAGAAACCUGAGGACUGGGAUGAGAGACCAAAAAUCCCAGACCCAGAUGCUGUUAAACCAGAUGACUGGGAUGAGGAUGCUCCCGCAAAGAUUGCGGAUGAAAACGCUGUGAAACCAGAGGGCUGGCUGGAUGAUGAGCCUGAGUAUGUAGCAGACCCUGAUGCUGAGAAACCUGAAGAUUGGGAUGAAGAUAUGGAUGGUGAAUGGGAGGCACCUCAGAUUGCAAAUCCUAAAUGUGAGACAGCUCCUGGCUGUGGUACCUGGCAGCGCCCAAUGAUCGACAAUCCAAACUACAAAGGCAAAUGGAAACCUCCUAUGAUUGAUAACGUGAACUAUCAGGGUAUAUGGAAACCUAGAAAGAUCCCAAACCCAGAUUUUUUUGAAGACUUAGAACCUUUCAAGAUGACUCCCUUCAGUGCUGUGGGACUUGAGUUAUGGUCCAUGACAUCUGACAUCUUUUUUGACAACUUUAUCAUCUGUACUGAGAGAGCUGUGGCUGAUGAUUGGGCCAGUGAUGGAUGGGGACUGAAAAAGGCAGCUGAUGGUGCUGCAGAGCCUGGUGUUGUGGGCCAGAUGAUGGCAGCUGCUGAAGAGCGUCCCUGGCUUUGGGUAGUCUACAUCCUCACUGUGGCUUUGCCAGUGUUCCUUGUUGUCCUUUUCUGCUGUUCUGGGAAGAAACAGCCAAGUGCUGCAGAGUACAAGAAGACCGAUGCUCCUCAGCCUGACAUAGUGGAUGAUGAGAAAGAAGAAGAAAAAGAUAAAGGGGAAAAAGAAGAGGAGGAGGAAGAGGAGGAUGCAAAUGAGGAAAAGCUUGAGAAGCAGAAAAGUGAUGCUGAUCUAGGAAGUGCUAGUCAAGAGGAAGAAGAGGAGGAGGAAGACAGGAAACCUGCAUCAGAGGAGGAGGAAACUGUGAAUAGAUCACCCAGAAACAGAAAGCCAAGGAAAGAUUGAAAAAAGUCAUAAGAACUUGAUCUGUGAUUUCUUUUUUUUGUUGUUGUUUUCAAACAUGGUUCUGGGAGAGGACCUUGGACACCUUACAUUGAAACUUGGACAAACCUCAAGAUUUCACCAUCCACAGGUUCCAGUCACACUAUCCAAUGUAAAGGAGUGUCUAGCAGUAAAAUAUUUGCAAUCAUCUGUUUUAAAGAGCAUCAUUCCUGUAGAAAGAAAGCAUUUAAUAUAAUGGGCUGUGGAUUUUGGAAUGUAACAUAACUAACCUUUUCAUUUUUGGUUUAAAUAUUCUUUUCUGUUCUUAAGUAGAUUGGUAGAAUUUUUCCAGUCUCAAACCUUGGCUUAAUUUAAUAUAUUAAUUAGUGAAAUAUAACAAUGAAUCCUGAAAGUGCUAGGUGAUAAAAAUGCAGUUUUAUAACUAGUUUUUUUUUUACAAAUAUGUAAUUUCCUAAAUGUCUUCAUACCCCUUAAAAUUUGGUAAUUGUUUGAAGAAAAGUUGUCAAUGCAUUUAACAGCACCCCUGCCCUCAAAAGAAAAGACAGCUAGAGGGGAUGUAUGGAGAAACCAGUAGUGAAACUCUCUAAUCAAUCAACUUCAUUUUUGUGGAGGAGGUAAAAGAGGAAGAAGGGGAGUAGAAGGAAGGGGUCAGGCAGUCUAUAGGAUAUAUGAAUAUUGUGCAUGGCUAAAGCCAUGUUAAAUGUUGACAAAUGAUCUAGGAUUUGGAGUGGGUCAUCUUAAUGUGGCAUUUAAUCCUGCAGAGCUUUCAGACAACCAAGUUUAUUUGUUCUUGAACUCUUUGUAAAGCUGAGGGUUGCUGGGGAGGUGUGGUUAAGCUACUUCCCUCUUUGCCCUCUGUUCAGCCACCAGUGUUUUCCUCUCUGUGAUGAUACGGCUCUUCCUGAGAGCAGCUUUGCCUCAGUUGCUGAAGCACUUCAUGUUCAGCUCAUUGUCAAACUCGAUUUCAUAGCUAGGCCUACUCAUUUCCAGGGUCCAAACACUGAAUAAGGCAGUGUCCCAUAUCCUCUCACUGUUGUCACUGUAUGUCUGCUGUAGAAAUGGGGGAGGUAGACAGGUAGGCAAGUUGAACUGUUUGUUAAGGAAAAAAAAACCAAAAAAAAAAAAAAAAAAAAAAAAAAAAAACAAAAA